AUGGCUUCAGCUGGUGCCGCCGCCGCCUCGCUGCUGAGGCGGCAGCUCAAGGAAAUGCAGACGGGCAAGGACCUUCCAGGCAUCUCAUGCGGCCUCGUUAACGACAACAACAUGUUUGAGUGGGAAGUCAUGCUCAUGAUCAACGACGACUGCAAAUACUACGGCGGAGGCAACUUUCGUGCUCGACUCGCCUUUCCCGAAAACUACCCUCACAUGCCGCCCUCGCUCACGUUCCAAGACCCGAUCCCUUUCCACCCCAACAUUUACGAGAAUGGGAAGCUGUGCAUUUCCAUCUUGCAUCCUCCCGAGGAGGACCAGUACGGCUACGAGUCUGCGUCUGAGCGGUGGAGUCCCGUGCAGACGCCCGAGACGAUCCUGCUCAGCAUAAUUAGCUUGUUCUACAGCCCGAACGAGGAGAGCCCUGCGAACGUCGAGGCGGCGAGGAUGCUGCGUGAGGAGAAGGAGGGCAAGCACAAGGACUAUCGGAGACGGUGUCGGAAGUGCGUGAGGGAGAGUCUGGGCGAGGACUAG